AUGAAAAAGCCAGACAACCUGCUAAAACACAAGCUUGACAGAGACAUAGAAAUAGACCAGAAUGUGCCGACCAGUACCUCGGAGUUGAGGAAUUCUCAAAAUCCCUCAAACUGCUGGAAGUUGUUCAUUGGCGAGACGUGGAAGCUCUUCGUCGAUGGGGCCUCCAACAGACAUGGCGUGGGGCUGGGGAUCAUGCUGACUUCCCCAGAUGGGCUGACCAUCGAGCACGUGAUCACACUCGGUUUCCCAGCAUCCAACAAUGAGGUGAAAUAUGAAGCCCUCCUCGCCGGAUUGAAGAGUGCAUUGAGAAUGAAAGCAUCAGAACUUAUGGCAUUCAGCGACUCCAAGUUGGUGGUCAAUCAGGUCUUUGGGGAAUAUGAGGCCAGGGAUGAAAGGAUGGCCCAAUAUCAAGUGUUGGUACGCGCAGAAAUCAAAAAGUUUGUCGCAAUAAGAAUGGAACAAAUUAGCUGCGAGGACAACAACGCAGCCGACGAACUGGCUGGCCUAGCAUCCAUGCAAACAACUUUUCUCAAUCCUUUGAUGAUAGAAUUCUUACCCCGACCAAGCAUCAAGGAACCAGAGGUGCCCGAAGUACUCUGCACUGACUUAGGACCGUCCUGGAUGGAUCAUAUCAUCGCCUUCCUAAAAGAUGGAAUUCUACCCAUUGAAAAGAAGGAGGCCAACAAGAUCAGGGCUAAAUCAGAGCGGUUUUGGCUCUCUUCAUCUGGCGCCUUGUACAAUAAGUCUUUCACUGGGCCAUACCUAAAGUGCAUCCACCCUAGAAAGGUAGAAGCUUUCCUCUUCAGGAUUCAUGAAGGCAUCUGCGGGAGUCCUAUUGGGGGUAGGUCUUUAGCUUACCAAGCAAUUUCCCAAGCUAGAGAGUUGCUCCCCCUUACAAGUCAUUGGCCAUUUGCUCUUUGGGGGCUUGAUAUUGUGGGACCACUUCCAAUAGCUCCGGGCAACCGCAAGUUUUUCAUCGUUGCUACCGAUAACUUCUCUAAGUGGGUUGAGGCUGAGCCGUUGGCAACCAUCAAGGAAAAAGAUGUAAAAAAGUUUGUUUGGCAGAAUGUCAUUACUCGCUUUGGUAUCCCAAAGGCCCUCAUUUCGGAUAAUGGCACUCAGUUUGAUGGUAAACCCUUUCGCGGAUUUUGCGAAGAGUUAAAGAUUGAGUUUUACAAUUCCACACUGGCCUACCCUCAGUCAUAUGGUCAAGUAGAAGCUUCAAACAAAGCCAUCCUAGACGGGCUAAAGAAGCGACUGGAGACGGCCAAAGGGAAGUGGGCUGAAGAACUCCCCAAUGUGCUCUAG